AUGACGACGGAGAGCAAGCACGUGUUGGCGCGCUUCUUGGUGCACAAAGUGGGUAGUUUUGUGGUCAAGGACCGUGUUCUGUGUCUCGGAGAAUACUCGUUUUCAACGGUGGACAGAGAAAACCAGCAGGUGACCAAUACAUGGGCAUAUGAGGACGUAGACGGUGCGGACGUGCUUGAGGGUGAGACGGAUUUCAUUGUUCACACACCGCGGCAUCGCAUUAAGAAGACGGUCUAUCGCUGUCAAUACCGGAUGGAGGUGCUCGUGUGUCUCUUGCGUCUACGAAGCCAACAUUACGCUAAGUUGCCCAAUGCCCCGCAGCCUUUGUAUCCCGAGCUGCAGAUAUAUGCGUUCCCUUGCCUGAAGUACCAUAAGAGUGGCGUACAUUCGUCUUGCGUCGUGGAAAUUUGUCCAGAUGGCAUUUAUCAGCGAGACUCGGAGGGGGAUGUUAUGAGUCACAUCUCGUACACGAGUCUUGUGUCCAUCGACAUUAUUUGCGAUGAUGACGAGGCUAUUAUGUUGAAUGACUCGGAUAAUUCCAGUUUAUUUAUCGUCUCGAAACGCUUGGAGCUGGCACGAGCCAUCACUAGCGUUAUGAACGCUUACGGAAUGCAGAUUAAUGAAUAUCGAAAAAAAACUCUGAAAGCAGCCCUCCAAGAAAAUGGGAAAGUAUCAUUGACAACAUGUAUAUCGUUCGAGUACACAGUUUUGUAUGUCUCGCAGUCGAGCGAGCACAGUACUACCCUUCGUACUUUGUCUGCGUCAGAAAGGUUCCUCACCGAGUAUGGAGACGCCGAGACGGUGAUUGUUAGUCGACCCUUACAUAAAAUAUACUCAUUAAUCAUGCACGAGCAUCAAACGUUUGAAGUCAUUUUCGUGGACGGCGUGAAGCGUCAAUAUAUCUCCGCACAUUGCGAAAAAAUUGUUUGCGAAUUGCUAGCAUCUUGUCACGCAUUGGGGAACUAUCAAGUGGGAGUCGAGUCGACAGACGAAUUGGACUCAGUGCGCAUGAUCCCGCGCAAAAUUAUCCUGCAAGAAGGCAAUCAAAUCGCAAAUGCCGUAACGAAUGUGAAUCGUGAGCUUAGGGUCGCACAAGCUAGUAUUUUACAGUUACUGGCAGUGCAUGGCCACCGGAAGACGGCUCGCUCCCAACGACAACUUCCUCGUGGCCUUGACGUAGAGAUGCACUCACUGGCUAUGGAACUGAAUGCAAACACCUCAACGCCUGGUGUGGUCGCACAACCCAAUAAACCUUACGAAAAGGCUACUUAUGUACUGGCACGUGAAUUUGAUGACAUUGUUCGUCGGCAUGGUGCGACGCAUGAGUUUGUAGGCACAUACCUCGAGUCACUCUACCGAUUGACGCUUGCGCCACCUGCCAUCAACGAAUUCAUGAAGAUACUGACCGAGCGGGAAGACGAAUAUGUCUACACAAUUUUGAAGGUACUAAGAAGCAAGAAGUCAGUUGCUAUUUACUGGAUGUUUAUGGUGCUGAGUCGAUUGAUGGAAUCAAAAUUGCACAAGCUUCAGUGUCGGCAACUAUUUUUAACAAAUCGAGCGUUUACGACGACGCUUCUGUCACUACUUGAUGAGGAUUCACAUACGGGUCUCUUUUUGUCUGAUCUCCCGACAAUGAAACUGUGCCAAUUCAUCUUGCUUCUGGUGAAGGUAAAAGCUGAAAAGCAGCGAGAAAUUUCAGACACGUUUUACCAAAGCUUGGCGACAAAAUAUCGCAUGAUGCUGCGCAUCCUUUUCAGCUUUCCUGCCUUGAACACAGCUGAAGCCUGUGUCGGCAUUCUUAGCAGAAUGACGAAAAAUCCGGCUUUUUUGCACUUUGGCAAUUUGGGAUCUCCCUUGCGGUCUAACGAUGGAAAAAUUCCUCGUCAUUCUUUAAGUUUUGGCGAGACGUUAAACUUCGGGCCAGACAGCAAACGAAAAGCGCUUGCAUCUCCACUAUCGAGACCUCCAAUGUAUUCAUCUAAAAGAAACAAUUUUGCAUCAAGCCGGAGCAGUAAUUUGCUGUCAUCUCUAUCUUUUUCAAGUGGUGCGUCUGGUGUCCAGGCAAAUGGGCUGGUUGUUCAGAAUCCAGAAAUGCUUUUGAGGCAAUACAGACAUUUUUUUGAAGCAACAUGUGGUAGUUUGAAGAUGGGAAUUGAUCAGUAUGACGACCCGAUUUUCUUGCGUCUUCGGUACAGGUGUCGCAAUGUUUUCUUACAGGAGCUGAUGAGUCAUUUAGUGGGGGAUGUUGACGAGUUUGAGCGCGUGUAUAAUGUUAGUUGUAGUCAUUUCAUUGGGUAUAUGGGAUUGGCGGAUGGUCAACGAGAUAGAACCAAGUUUUAUGUGACUCCACGGGCCUUGAUUGCGGUACAUAUUGUAUCGAAUCACACUCAUGAGUUUGAGUUCCGUAAAAUUAACGAAAUCACUCAAGCGACAGCAACCCCAGAUGCGUUUGUUCUCACACUGAAAAACAAAUUCAGAUUAAUUUACUCCGAACAAAGCAACGAUAUCAUUGAAAGAAUGAAAGCAUUUGCUGGAGUGAUAGGAAUUCAUCUUUGUUUGAAGUCUCAGUCUAAACUUCCUCUUCAGCAAGUCCGAAAGCCUCUUGAUAAAUCCGAAUUUCAAUCAAAUAUUUUUUUUGAUGUGCAGAGAUGUACUGGUCGACAUGGAUCUUCACACCUAAAAAAGAAAAGGCUUUGUUUUAUAGACGGACAUAUCGAAGAGUAUUCCAAUAGCUCGAAGAAGAUAUAUGAGCUGAAGACUUUGAGGCAAAUUGUGAUGCCUGAGCUGAAAAAUUUUGAUCUGCAAGCUUUGGUGGCACUGGUUUUCGUCGACUGCAGUCGUGUGGCUUACGUGCCAUAUGACAUCGAAAGUUUUUUGGCAGCGCUUUACGACGGAGUUCGUUACGUUGGCAAUUAUAAUGUCUCCCUGAGCCGCGAGUUCUCCAACCUGAAUCCAAGACUGUCCGCUAGGGCACUGUUAAGAGACGAGCAGGAGCGUUUUCUUUAUCACAAUCAUGAUGGGCUUUAUAUUCCAGCACAUGCAGCAUUGGAGAAGGAGAUUGGAAUGGUAAGUGGGGAGGGUAUGAGUAUCAUAUCCACAACAAAUAAGGUCAUGCUCGCCUUCGAAAAUUUAAAUACAAAUGUCGAAGUGGAAGAUUUCGCAGAAAUUUUUUUGCGUGGACGCUUAGAGAAGCUAUCAUUCAGUACAUUGCUUAGAGGAAUCAACAAUUUGCUUGAAUAUUCCUGCAAACCGCCGAUACGUACAAACGAAGUCUGUGUUGUUCUAGAAGCGUUUUGUCGAGUUAAUGAUGGCUGCUAUCGGCUUGCAAUGGAGGAUCUCAACAAUGGCGCUAUGGUACUGGUUUCAACACUUGCUCAAGUUUUGGUCUCAGGUGACCCAGUUGCAACUUUGUGGGCAGUUAAUGCGUUACACUCGUUGAUUGCUGACAAGUCGCGUUCUAAAGCACAUCGAGUUGUCGAGAAGGCCAUUCGCUUUCAGGUGUUUGAGCAUAAAAAGCUAAUUACUCUACUAACAUGCCUACUAGAACGACGCAAUUCCAGCGCUACGUUGGUUGUCUUACACUUGAUCCUUGAUGCACUCGUUAUAUCUCGCUCAAGCACGGACGAUAGUCAUUUUUUUGCGAUUGUGAAAGAUCUUGGGGGAAAAUAUACUCUUUUGCUAGAAUUGGCGUCUCAAAGUGCAAACGCAGGAUUGGCAGCAGCAGUUAUAUGUGUCUUAAAGGUUGUCAUUGAUCACGUUGAUUACAAGGUGAGACGACGAAUUUGCGACUCGGCUCUGGAUUCGGGACUGACUGUGAAGCACCUGUAUAAAGCGUUUUUUCACCCUUUGGACAAUGCAAAGGAGACGUAUCAGUAUAUUACGAGUAUUUGGGUGACCCACCACAAGGCCUCACAUGAAAUGCUUGGUAGAAUUCUUCCACACGGGUUUAUACGUAUGAUCUCGAACCCAAUCAUACGAAAACUAUUGAAGAAGCAGCGGGCACGCAAGACUAAUUCGGUCCAACAGGACAGCAUGCACAAUUCGCAAAUAGUGGCUGAUAAAUCAGGGUGGUUUAUACGUCGCAUGCAGCUUCAGAUCGGAAUAUUAUUCGCAAGUGAUUUUGGAAAUGAAACACGCGUUUCGGGGAAUCACUCCCAUUUGAAUUAUCCUGGGGAAUCCUCGACUGACAUGGCAUUAUUAUCGGGCAUGGUUAGGAAUGACUUCAUGCUUCCAGAUUUAAUUUGGAAUGAAUCAACGCGAACCGAGCUGAACGAUGCCCUUUUGACAGCAAUCGAAACAUACGACCGCUUCAGAUCCAACCAAGCAGCUACGAUAUCGCUGAUUGAAUCCCAUGGAGCGAGCAGCGAAGUCAAGUGGAAUCACGCCCAAUUUUCGGUGCGGUACGAAAGUAUUGCCCAGGAGCUCCAGGUUAGUCAUUUUUAUAUACGUGUAAUUACGGAAAGGAUAGAUGAUGGCACACUACGACUGGCAGAAGUUGCCAACACUGUUCAUGCCAUGGAAGCAGUGUUGGAUAGAGCAUCUUCAUCUCAACCAAAUUCGAUUUUCAGGGAUCACCACGGUCAUAUGAUGCUGAAAGUCAUGAUAGAGUUAGCUUGCGCAUUUCCUGAUGCUCGGCCGACUACGAUGCAUCGAGCUCGAUUUCUUACCACAUUACUGUACAACUCGUACCGUGCAGUCGAGAUUCGAGAUAUUGUCGAAUUAAUUUCCGGAUUAAGUUUAUCCGAUGAGGCUUGCGCCCAGUUAUGCACUACAAAUCUCAUAAAUGUGCUGCUAAACAUGUCAUUACUGUUGCACAGAUGCAGAUUAGUACCGAAAAAAAGCGACUUGAUCAGUCUUACUGGUGACAUGCCAAUGAUGGAAUCCUUCAUAAAUUCUGAAGCAAAUGAUACGUCAUCCGUUCCGAUAGCAGAACUCUCUGUCUAUGAGGAGUCAAGAUAUGCUCUAAAAUGGAGCAUUAUGUCAAAGACAAUGGAGACAGAUGAUAGUAAAAUCGAAGGCCCAUUCUUUCUAAACGGACUGAAAGAGUAUAUGAAUGCGGACUCUUCCUUUUGUCAUCGCCAUAUCGAUGUGCUGUAUGUUUGCUGCUGCUCCAUGCAUGAAUCUACCAACUUGGGAAUUGAUGAGCACAGCUGGAAGUCGAUGUUUGAAUUUCCCGAGCUGCGUUGGAUGGAACUUGUCGACGAGCCGAUUGACGCAAGUUUUGCAGCAUUUGCCUUAAAGACGUUGAGAAAUUUUUUAGUGAAAGACCAGCUUACUGUCGGGGCAAAGGAUAUGAGUGUCUUCCCUCCGGCUUUGAUGAAUACCGUAUUAGCUAAUACGUCGUCGCUAACACUGCUAGUUCAGCUGCUCUACGUAAAUAUUGCGACCGUAAGAAGGUACACCUGCGAGUUGUUAAUGUCCCUGGACGUGGAAGAGCUACAAAGUCUGUACCAAUAUGGCGUCUUUUACUUUAUUCUAUCAGCAGUUACGAACCCGAGAGCAGAAGAUAAGGUACCUUCUUUUGUUCCAGAGGCAGCACUGCUGAAGCGGAUCCAUCGAGCUGAGCGGUCAUCGGAGCGGCUAGCCGGUCACAGCUGCUUAGCUGAUAUGCUGCCUGAUUCACUUACAAGCGUGCUGGAUUUGGAGAGCUCAGAGUACUUUGCCGACGUAUAUUGCGGUCGUAAGCGUGACAAGCGCGUUCUUUGGUCUUCAAAGAUGAGAUCACAUUUACAAGAAAUGAUCGGCGAGCAUCUUCGUGACUUUCAAGAGAGAUUGAAAGUGAGCGUUACUGCGAAAUAUAUCUACACUUCGAUCCCUCCAGUUUUUUACCGGGAAUUGUCUGGAGAUCUAUACUUCGAAGGUAUUUACACUUCAAGUAUCAACCAGUCUGAGCUGUAUAACAUCGAGGUAGAGGAUCCUGUUUUUUUGAUGAAAAGAGCUGAAGAAAAGUGGCGAUUUCUAGCACGUCGUCAGGCUGAGGGGUCGAAGGACAACAUUUGUCAUUCAGACGCAUACAAAACGUUUGGCUGGAGAGAAGGUGAUAAGUAUUCUUCGAAAGAGUUGCGGUCGCGCUAUCGGGAGCUCUGUCAGCAACAAGUCGAAGUGGGCUCACUUCGCCGAGCUUAUAACUCACUGUGUGCUGUCCUCGAGUGCAAGAAUACGGCUGAUGGUGGGAAGACGUCGAAUGAAACUGUUGAGCAUAUUUUAAAGUUGCAAUUGCAGUUGCUGAACAAGUAUAGCUCCCACUUUUUCUCAUUUGAGUCGUCAAUCCUUGAUUUACUUAUCCGCGCGCUGGAACCUCGACUGAGUGAAGAUUUUAGAGUUCAAGACUUCGCGAUGAAGUUUUUACAACGCUUGCUUUCCAUCGCGCCUCACAAUGGCCCGUUUCUCGUUGCAAUCGAUGGGAGCUGGGUCGCACUUCUUGACUUAACAGAAAGAUGCGCACUUGGUAAUGACGUGGCAGCUAAGGAAUGCAUGUUUUCAGUUUUGAAGAUGAUCCUUGAUUCCGAGGAGGGAGUACAAUCGCUUUUGAAGGCGGAUAGAGGUGCGUCGCUUGGCGCACACCCGUCAAAACAGCCCGAUCUUAGCUCGUUGAGAGAUGUCGAUAGCUUGACUCUUUUCUCUGCGUCAGAAUAUGCGUCGCAGAACGAAGAGAGCAAUUCUACGUAUGCAGGGCGUAUAUAUUCGAUGAUGGACGAUGUCAUUCUCUCGUUUGAAAACAUUCAACCGUGGCACAUCCAGAAAAUGUCUUUUGAUAUCGCGUCAUCACUUUGUCGCAAUCCAGGACUACAGCACCAAAUAAUGACAUAUACACGGAUAUUCUGGAAGGGGCUAUAUUUGAUUCUGGCAUCAGCUGAAAGUUCUUUGGUUGUUGAUGGAGAGCAGGAAAGUACAACCAUGUUAGAAAAACAAGAGCGUGAAAUGAUAGAAAGCGCUUUUAAUGCUCUUCGCUCGCUUACAUUGGGACCAGAUGGAAACAAUCGAUCUAUUGGGCUUGAAGCUUUGGCGAACCUUCUUCCGCUGGACUUUUUGGAUCGCCUUGAAAAGCCAAAUGGGCAUGACUUCUGUAACAUCUUACUAUCCGACAUUCGUGAGCCGACUUGCAUCUGGAAUGAAAGUACAAGAGCUGAACUUUCAAAGCUGACGGAAGAAUUUUGCACGGACUCUAAUGGUGAUGGGGUCUCGUUUCUGGAGAGUGCCACACACUACAUGUACGAUUGCCUUAGCACCGAGCCUUUUGUCGGUGGUAUUUAUUUGCUUAUUUUACUGGAAAAGUCGGAUGGGCAUCUGACAGCCAUAACAGAAAAUACAUUAUACCCGACGACAGCAAUUGACUUUGUAGAAGCUCUCUUCUGUUUUCUAAAUGAAAACAGAGAUCCCAAGCUCGGAAUUUAUUCCGAUACGAUGCCGGCUUUGGAUUGCAUAAGUCUUUUGUGUGACUUGCCACUUUUUCGUUCUGCUAUUGUGGAGUGUCUGGAGCAGCAUGUUGACGACGAGGAUGCAGUAAAUGCUUCCAUUUCAGUGGCAACGCUCGGCAGAUAUCUAUUGCCGUUCGAUGGUAAUAAUAAAGCAAAUGCAGCAGUGUCAAUAUCAUCUCGUCGAUCGCUGUCGACGUACGGGUUCAAAGCCAAAACUGAACCUGACAAUAUCUUCACCUCAAUGGAAACGGAAUUUGGGAAUGUGGACUAUUUAGCCCGCCAAGAAAUGGCACUGCUAAUUUUAAACAAACUCUGUGGAUUUGAGUGUAACUUGGAGCGUAUGCUGGCUCCUUUUUGCCAAUUUACGUGGUGUCUUCAGGUAAUCGCUGAUCACCUAAAGUAUGAGCAGGCAUUUUACGCACUUUCUUGCUUGGCUGAAUUAUGUGACACCUGCCUAGUGAUCGCUCGAUAUGUACAAGAAAGUGGUCUAUGGGUGGAGAUUUUAGGCAUUGCGCUUCAGUCGAGACAACACGUUCUACAUGAACACUUUUUACGAGCUGAAGCACUGCGUGAGCCCGCAUUUGAAGUGCUGCAUUCUUUAUUAAUGAAAGACUUAGACUUGCGGGAAAAGAUGUAUAGCGGACUUUGUAGAUUUCUGCCGUACCCAAUCGUGUACCAAAUUCAUCUGGAUCCGAGUAAGGCAACGCGAUUCUUUGAUGACAAUCACGAAAAAAGCGAUUUAAUCUGGGAUUCUCACAGGCGAAUGGAAGUACGCAAGAAACUUGAUCAGGUUAUUUGUCGAAAUCGAAUGGAGCGAUCGGUUGCGAAGCGAGACUCGGUUCUACUUGACGAUGAAACAGAUGUAAUUUCGUGCCCUCACAGUGUUGUGGCAGGUCUAUACAUCGAUCGCUUCUUAUCUCAACCAGAUGCAGAUAAGUUGACAAAUCCAGCCUACAAUCUCGAGCUAUUAUUUCAGUUGUGGAGGACUGAUCUAGAUCAAUUAAUGCGCUUCGAUUUACAAAAUCCACCUAACAAUAUCAAGAUAAUUGCUGAUGCCAUUGACAAGUACACUAUGGCAAUGACGCACAUUUUGCGAGCUUCACUUGACAUCGACGAAAGCAUAUCAAACAAAUGCAUGCCGGAACAAAUCGUAAAACUUGUGCGGUAUUGCAAUCAACACUUGAUCACAAGCUUUCCAUAUCGCUGCGUGUUACGUAUUGCUCGGCAUUUAGUACAAUUCCCUGAGAUUACAUCGAAGGAGUUUGUCGAGCUGCUGAUUUGUCGAGUAACGAUGCAGCAUCCAGAUAUUCCACCUUUACUGAAGGUGCUUCGUCGGGUGUUGGAGGCACGGAAUUUGUCGGUAACGGAAAAUGAAUCGAAAUAUGGCCCCGAGUACUGGUUAAAAGACCUCAACUACUAUUCUCAGAUGCUUGUCUUCCUGGAAGGGCUAAUUGAAAAGAAGGAGCAGAUCGAACCUUCACUACUUUCAAAUGCUAAUCGAGUCCUGCGUAUUCUUCGUACCGAAAAAGAAAUGCAAGUUAAUCCGAGCUCACGCAGUUUCAUGGGACGCUGGCAAAACUUUACGCUUGAAAAGCGGUCAUCAAUGCGCCGGAAUCCGAUCAAGACAGAACACCAACAAUUACCGGAUAUAUCAACGAUAGUAUCAGUUAAUCAAGGCGUCACUAGCACGCACAGUUUUGAUGUGGAUAGAGCGCGAGAAGAUGUGUCAAGUAUGCGAAGCUUUGACGUGGAUAUUGAGAGAGACUCGUCCGUCCGAGUAGAUGUCAAGAGAAUGCCGACCGACCGCGAGAUUGACAUCGACGGCUCCUUAAUACAAGCACCUCCUAAAAGCAUUAAUUUUGCUAGUGGUGCUAUGGAGCUUACCGAAGUAAUCGCCUCUCGUAGCUUCUUAUUUAAAGGCGAAGGUGUGUGCCAUUCUCCCUUGCCAUCUCCGACGUCGGUCCGUUUCUCGAUUUUAGGGGCUCGAUACGAACCGAUUGACACGCAGUAUCACUCAAAGAAGGCAGCCGAGUAUGAAGAGCACAAAAAUGAAGAGCACGUUCCUGCUAUUCAUUUGCGCCGUGGAAGUAUACCAAACAAAACCCACAAAACUGAUGUGAUAAGAGUGAAUGCAACUGGCAACAUAACGACUGGUGCAGGCAGCAUUCCCACGAGUAACAUCAAGACAAGCAACUUUGCUUCACAACUGCUUUCAGCCCGACCACGCGAUCAAGCAUCUGGCGAAGCUCUAUUGGAAACAAGUCAGAACGAAACAUAUGACAUAAACGCGGAGCGCCGUUAUUCCUUACUGGACUCGUGGAAAGCUCCAUCAUCAGCUGCUCCAAAUAUGUCACUGACGACGCUCACUAUUUCCCGACGAGGUCGUCGAGCUGCCGUGGUGUACAGUCGUAUUACGAGUAAGAAGAAGAAAUGGUAUCACAGAUAG